AUGCUUGAGCUUCCUCCUCCAGUUUGCCUGGUCAUCAUCCUUAUUCCCACACUGAGACGACUCCAGGCAAAGAUGGAACCCUUGAAAAGUGCCAGCAGACUAGACUUACAGGACACUGGAAGUGACUUGUCGGAGCAGAUUAAAGCAGCCACACUGGAGGUGCAUGAGAGAGCGGAGAACACACAACUCAUGAUCUGCUUCCAGAAGGGCCAGAUCACUCGGACACAGUACAAGGUUCUGUUGUGUUCUCUGUAUGAGAUCUACACUUCGCUGGAGGAGGCUAUGGACAGAAACUCCUCUCACCCCGCUGUGGCCCCCAUCUACUUCCCUCAGGAGCUGGACCGCACAGAGGCUCUGGAAAGGGACCUGGAGGUCUUCUUAGGACCACAGUGGAGGAGCAGACUCAUCGUGCCGGCCGCCACACACCGAUACGCACAGAGGCUGCGACAGAUCGGAAAGGAAAGGCCUGAGCUGUUAGUGGCCCACGCCUACACUCGGUACCUUGGAGACCUGUCGGGGGGUCAGGUUCUGGGGAAGCUGGCUCAGAAGGCCAUGCGGCUGGACAGCGCAGACGGACUGUCGUUCUUCUCCUUCCCCGGAGUCAGCAGCGCCAACCGCUUCAAACAGCUGUACCGCAGCCGCAUGAACAGCAUCGAGCUGUCGGCGCAGCAGAGGACAGAUGUGCUGCGGGAGGCUGUGGACGCCUUUCACUUCAACAUCCAGGUGUUUGAUGACUUGCAGAAAAUGCUCACCAUGACAUCUGCAUCAGAAGAGAAACCCAAAGAGCGAGCUGAGAGAGUGACCUCCCUGAUGUCCCCAGUGCAGCUCACCCUGGGCCUUUGUGUGGGACUGCUCACUGUCGGCAUCGGACUGUACAACUAUUAG